AAUCAUUGCCGACUACCCCUCAACUUCCGACCAAUUAAAAUUUAACCCAACAAUUUUAACCAUGGUUAGUAUGUAACCCUAAUCUCCACUAACCAUAGUCUAAUUAUUCCAGUUAGGAUUUUGGAAGAGAAAAAGAACAAAAACAACAAAUUCCCCUCUCCCCAUCCUCUCUCUUUUUUUUUUUUACUGCAUAAUUGGCUGCAAAGAGGGAAAUUAAAAGAAGGGCUUAUUACUUCUUCUGCUUUUCUCUUAAGUAAACUUUGUUUUUUUUUCUGGGGGGAAAUAUUUUUUUUUUUUGUUUGAACGGUGCCCUGAGACUUUUGAACACUCUUCUGCUGAUCCCAAAUUUGCUUUUCCAUGCAAACUGGGAUGAAAAUUGAAGUGGGUAUGGGAGGUGGGGCUUGGAACGAUGAAGAUAAGGCUAUGGUUGCCGCUGUUUUAGGAACAAGAGCAUUUGACUACUUGAUAUCAAGCUCGGUUUCAAAUGAGAGCCUUUUAGUGGCUAUAAAUAGUGAUGAGAAUCUUCAAAACAAGCUCUCAGAUCUUGUGGAACGGCCUAACGCUUCUAAUUUUAGCUGGAACUACGCCAUUUUUUGGCAAAUUUCGACGUCCAAGUCUAGCGAUUGGGUCCUUGGUUGGGGAGAUGGAUGUUGUAGGGAGCCUAAAGAAGGAGAAGAAUCUGAAGCUACUCGGAUUCUUAAUAUGCGGCUUGAAGACGAGACUUUGCAGAAGAUGAGGAAAAGGGUUUUGCAGAAAUUGCAUACUUUGUUUGGUGGAUUAGAUGAGGAUAAUUAUGCUCUUGGGUUGGAUAGAGUUACUGAUACUGAGAUGUUCUUUUUAGCAUCCAUGUAUUUUUCUUUUCCACCUGGAGAAGGCGGUCCAGGGAAGUGUUUUGCGUCUGGUAAGCAUGUUUGGAUUUCUGAUGCAUUGAAAACAGGUUCGGAAUAUUGUCUUAGGUCAUUUUUGGCUAAGUCUGCUGGAGUUCAUACUAUCGUUUUGGUCCCUACUGAUGUUGGUGUUGUUGAAUUGGGGUCCGUGAGAUCUGUACCUGAAAGCUUAGAGUUGUUGCAAUCAAUAAGAAGUUCAUUCUCAUCUAAUUCCUCGUUGAUUAGGGCAAAGCAAAUGGCUGUACCAAUACCAGUGGUGAAUGAGAAGAAAGAUGAAAAUACCCAUUUUUCGAAUUUGGGAAUUGUGGAAAGAGUGGAAGGCAUUCCAAAGAUUUUCGGGCAGGAUCUGAACAACACUUCACAUGGUCAUUCCAAUUAUCGGGAGAAACUUGCUGUUAGAAAGAUGGAAGAGAGACCAACAUGGGGAGCAUAUGCUAAUGGUGGUAGGCUUUCAUUUUCAAGUAAUCAAAAUGGUCUUCAUGGUUCUGGUUGGCCACAUGUUCAUGGUGGGAAGCAAGGGAGUCCAACUGAAUUUUAUGGUUCUCAAAACACAACGAAUAAUUUUCCGGAGCUUGCUAGUGGGACUAGGGAAGAGUUUCGGCUUAACCCCUAUCAGUCUCAAACGCCAGUCCAAAUGCAGAUAAAUUUCUCAGGGGCUACUUCAAGGCCUUCUGCAAUUACUCGGCCAUUAAGUGGUGAAUCUGAGCACUCGGAUGUUGAAGCUUCAUGCAAGGAAGAGAAGACGAGUGCAGCUGAUGAAAGGAGGCCACGUAAAAGGGGUAGAAAGCCUGCUAAUGGAAGAGAAGAACCUCUUAAUCAUGUUGAAGCAGAGAGGCAGCGGCGUGAGAAGCUGAACCAGCGGUUCUAUGCCUUAAGAGCUGUGGUGCCCAACAUAUCCAAAAUGGACAAAGCUUCAUUGUUAGGAGAUGCAAUUGCUUACAUCAAUGAGCUUCAGGCAAAACUUAAGGUCAUGGAAGCAGAGAGGGAGAAGUUUGGUAGUACUUCGAGAGAUUUGGCAGGGUUGGAUCCUAAUGCAAAUGCAGGGAAUCAUAUCCUACCUCCUGAUAUUGAUGUUCAAGCUGUUCAUGAUGAGGUUGUUGUAAGAGUAAGAUCUCCUUUAGAUUCACAUCCAGCAUCAAGAGUAAUCCAAGCUUUUAAAGAGGCUCAGAUCAAUGUACUUGAGUCAAAACUUGUUGCGGCAGAUGAUGCUGUGUUUCAUACCUUUGUUAUCAAGUCUCAAGGAUCCGAGCAGCUAACAAGGGAAAAGUUAAUUGAAGCAUUUUCGCAUGAAUCAAAUUCCUUACAGCCCUUAUCAUCUCUUGGGUAGCACACAAUUGCAUUUAACAUAGUCCAUAGGCGUAAAAUUAUAGUGAAAAACCUGAUCGGAAGCAUCUUAAGAGGUUUUGGAUAUACAGGAAGUGAUCCUUCAAGGAGCAGAAGGGCCUGCUAGGAGUAGAAAUAACUACUUAUUGACCAAGUAGGGCAGCAAAUUUUCUGUGAUUUGUUUAUAUUAUACAUAUUCUGUUAUAAUGAGGUAUUUUUGCAAGAUGAAUUAAAUUUGUAAGUUUAACCAA